CCAAGUCCCAACCAUCUAAAAAAAGCAGUAAGCGUGUUACAACGCCGACAGUCGUAUCUCGUAUGUACCUCAUUCAGACCCAUCGAAAAAGCGCUUGAAUUGGAGAUGACGAUUUUGUGCUUCAUCCCUUAACUCUGUUCUAGUCUUGUGCUUCAUCCCUUCUCACUAGGCUUUUCGUUUUUGCAAAUGACUUGAAAAUGAUGAUUUUGGAAGCAUCAACGACUAUCAAAAUUAAGAAUUCUGAAGUGAAUUAGGGAGAUCUCCAAUCCAUCGUUCUGUGGGUCUUGAAACAGAGCCAUUACAAAGCCUAAGUUUAUGUUCUCUAUGAAAACCGAGAUCACAUCUGUUGCGACCACGGUUUCUCAUCAGCUGCAAAGAACAAUGGAGGAUCCAGUUUGAAUGGGUUAGAGUCAGAUAUCAGCUAGAUCGAGUACCCGCUCUUGUAGAAAAAAUGGCUUUUCACACUUGUAAAUAGCACUUGCAGACAAGCCAAACCAAGUUUCAGCCUAUUGAGUUUUGUUUUCCAACGAUCACGAUAUCAUGGGUCUGGCAGAUGCAGUGCUAUCAGCAUUCUUCCAAGUGGUUUUUCAAUACUUAGCUUCCCCAAUCUUGGAAGAGAUCGGAUUACAAUGGGGCGUCACCAAAGAGAUGAAGAAGCUAUCAAGAAAAUUGUUGAGAAUACGAGAAGUGCUCAAUGAUGCAGAACAGAGGCAAAUAAGCGAGGAAUCUGUGAGGAUUUGGAUGAGAGAUCUUAGAGACGUUGUUUAUGAUACAGAGGACAUACUGGAUCAAUUUACAACAGGAAUCCUACAGGUCAAGUUUGAAAAGGGAAAUCAAACUAACCAGGUAUGCAACUUCUCGACUUCUUAUUCGUCAAAUCCAGCUUUCUUCCGUUCUGAUAUGGCACAUAAGAUAAACGAGAUAAUGAUUAGAUUAGAUGAACUAGUAAAAGAGACGGUUGACCUCCGUUUGAGAGAAGUUGUUGGUGGGACAUAUUUUCAUGUUAGAGAGAGGCCACAGACUAGUUCCUUGAUGGAUGAUUCUGAUAUAUUUGGUAGGGAGACUGAUAAAAAUCAGGUCAUAGAUUUAUUGCUGUCCGACCAACAAAAUAAGAAGCAUAUUCCUGUUAUUUCCAUCGUUGGGAUGGGUGGCCUUGGAAAGACAACCUUGGUUAAGCUUGUUUACAAUGAAAAGAGGGUGAAGAAGCAUUUCGAUCUAAGAAUGUGGGUCUGUGUAUCUGAGGAUUUUGAUGUCAAGAAACUUACAAAGGCAAUCAUCUCUUCUGUCACCGGAAAAACUUCUGAUCUCAUCGACUUGGAUCCGCUUCAAGUUGAACUUCAGAAGUUAUUGAAAGGAAAAAGGUUCUUGCUCGUUCUGGAUGAUGUUUGGAAUGAAAACCGCAACCACUGGAGUGACCUCAAGACCCCCUUUAGAGUUGGAAGACAAGGAAGUAGAAUCAUAGUAACCACAAGAAGUGAAAUUGUUUCAGAGUCUAUGGGAUCCACAGUUUAUCCUCUAGGGAGCUUACCAAUAGAUGAUUGCUGGUCUCUGUUCAGACAUCAAGCAUUUGAAGAUGGGAAUUCAGAUGCUCAUCCCAAUUUGGUCAGAAUCGGUAAAGAAAUUGUAAAGAAGUGCCAAGGAUUGCCAAUGGUAGUAAAGGCACUUGGAGGUCUAUUGUACUCAAAGAUAGAUGAAGAAGAAUGGAACAAUGUCUUGGCAAGUGAAACGUGGGAAUUGCCUCAAAACCAAAUUGAAAUUUUGCCAGCUCUAAGAUUGAGCUACCAGCAUUUACCAGCAAGGCUAAAGCAGUGCUUCCUGUAUUGCUCUAUAUUCCCCAAAGGCUAUGCAUUCGACAAGGAAAAGCUAGUUCACUUGUGGAUGGCCCAAGGAUUCAUUCAUCCUGAGGGAAGGAAAUCUAUGGAAUAUGUUGGGAAUGGUUACUUCAAUGAUCUGCUGCGCAGAUCAUUUUUCCAGUGUUCAUGUAAUUAUGAGGGGCAAGAAUCAAUGCAUACAAUGCACGAUCUGAUCCAUGAACUUGCCCAAUCUGUUUCGGGUGAUGAAUGUUUUAGAAUUGAAGAUGACAAAACAUCCAUCAUUUCUGUAAAUGCUCGCCAUUCAUCAUUUUUAUGUAAGGAAAUAGAGCCAAAAAUGCUUGAGGCCUUGUAUAAAUGUACUGGGUUGCGCACAUUUCUUUUGUUGAGAAAAUUUCCUCAUUGCACUGAGAAAAUUCCUUUUGAUCCUUUCCUACAACUGAAAUGCUUACGUGUGUUGGACCUAAGUUAUACUAAUAUCACUUAUUUAUCAGAUUCAAUUGGAAAUCUAAGGCUUCUACGUUACCUUGAUCUGUCAAAAACACUACUCAAGAGCUUGCCCAAGUCAAUAGCUGGCCUUUAUAAUUUGCAAACAUUGAAGCUCAGAGAUUGCUCUAACCUUACUGUGCUGCCAAAAGACAUUAAGAAGUUGAUUAAUCUUCGACAUCUGGAUUUGGAAUCAUGUUCUAAUUUGGUGUGCACUCCACCUGGACUAGGAGGAUUAACUUGUCUUCAGACAUUGACAAUUUUUAUCGUGGGAAAGGAGAGUGAUUGUGGAAUAGAAGAACUGAGAAACAUGAUAAGCCUAAGAGGAUCGAUUUGCAUUUCAAAGCUUGAGAAUGUGGACAGUAAGGUGGAUGUCAACAAUGGUUAUUUGAAUACAAAAAAUAAUCUACACAAGUUGAAGUUGCAGUGGAGUGAUGGCAAUGUUAGUGUACAACCUGAAGCUGAAGAAGAGGUACUUGAAAGUCUACAACCCAACAUGAAUCUGAAAGAGCUGAGAAUAGAAAACUAUGGUGGAACUAAGUUCCCAAGUUGGAUGAGGUAUCCAAUGGUCUCUAACCUAGUACAUAUUUCAUUAUACAACUGUACAAACUGUAGAGACUUACCUCCUAUUGGGAAGCUCCCUUUUCUCAAGAGCCUCAAAAUCGAUGGAAUGCUUGAAAUUAGACGCAUCAGCCCUGAGUCUUAUGGAAAUUGUGAGGUCACAACUUUUCCCUCAUUGGAGGUGCUAAAACUCAGGAAUAUGCCUAAUUUGGAGGUCUGGUCUGGAGUUGAUGAAGGAGAAUUUGAUCACCUUUGUGAUCUUAGCAUCUCAUGUUGCCCAAUGCUAAGUGUGUUACCGAAUCUUCCUCCUAGCCUCACCAAGUUGGAGAUAAGCAAUUGUGAGAAAUUGACAAGUCUUCCUAUUGUUCCAUCUCUUCAAAAUCUGGUAAUAGACGAAUGUGAUCAGAAGAUAUUGAGCUCAUUGUCUAAAUUCCCAUUACUUUCCUCAUUGGCCGUUUCUCGACUUCGAAAGCUCAAAACCCUACUUAAAGUGCCAUUGAGAUCACUGAAGGCACUAAAAGAACUGGACAUCGAGGACUGCGAUGAACUUGUUUCUCUAGCAACUAAGGAAGGAUUGCAAAGCCUUCUCUCCCUUGAAUACUUGGUGAUAUGGCAGUGCCCCCAACUAGAAACCUUGCCAGACGGUUUUCCUACAUCUCUUCUAUAUUUGUGGAUUAGAGAUUGUUUUAAUCUGAAGUCCAUCCCAGGGGGGCUGCAAAGUUUAACUGCUAUGAAAGGUCUGGUGAUUAACAACUGUCAACAAUUGAGAUCCUUUCCAGAGAAAGGGCUUCCAAAAUCACUUAAUUUUCUGAGCAUCAUCUCAUGUUCUAAUCUCAUAUCUCUGCCUGAGAAAUUGCUUUGCGACCUCACUUUCCUUAAAGAGUUGGAAGUAUUGAACUGUCCACAACUUAUAUCCCUUCCAAAAGGAUUGCAUGGACUCAUUUCUCUCCAACUAUUGGAUAUUAGCAAUUGUCCAAGAAUUGAGUCCUUCCCUGAUCCAAGGCUUCCAGAAACACUUAAAUAUUUGAAUGUUGAUAAUUGUCCAUUGUUGAAGGAGAGAUGCCAGAAGGAAACUGGGGCAGAAUGGUAUAAGAUAGAGCAUGUUCCGAAGAUAAAAAUUGAUGGAAGAUGGAUUGCUCCAGCAUGAAAAUAGUACUCAGAAAUGCAGAUUUCAUCUGGAGCACUGCAGGAUUGUGCAUCCAAGUGGACCCUAUGCCGAGAACAUCACUAAAAUUUAGUUUGAGUCGAAGAGAAAGCAUUCUAUAGUUCUAAUAGAACUAGCUACUCUGGCUAUGCGGGACAUUGCCUUUCGCUAAAGUUUACUUAUGAAUGUCACUCUGCUUAUCUUGAGUACUCUGGAGUGGAUUGCCGUGCAAAUAAUAGGUGGUGCUUCAUCACUUGUAACUAUGUUCUCCCUCGUUAGGCUUACAUACUUGUUACUCGCUUCUUUCCAGGGAGUUGUUGAUGGAAGAACACUUCAUUGUUACCUUCUAGCAACUUAAUGUAUGAUGUUGUAUGUAAAAUAAGAUUUGGAUCUUUAUCCAAUUGUCCCAUCUAGACAAGCACAAGAAUAAUUAAUAUUGAUUCAUUUUGUAGUUAGCAUGCAAGGGAAGUGUGAUACAUUUGUGUUUCUCCCCAGGUAAGGUCUUUUUUUUUUUUUUCUCAAAGAAUAUUAUGUAUUUGGUUUACCUGAACUUAUUCCCCAAAACAAACUGUGAAAGAAAAGGGUACCUCCCAAUCGGACUCAUUGUACUCAUGGUUGUUGUUUGGAUCACAUUAAACUCUAUUUCUUGCAUUAUCAUAGUUUCACAACCAA